UAAACAUACGUGUCGAACGCUUCUGAUAGUUCAAUUUUCCUACCGAGAAUUCAUGUCGCUGGUGUAGGGCUCUCUUCUCGUCAAAAAAACAAACCGUUGACAUAUGAUAGUUUAAGAAUAUCGUGGGGUCUACAAGUGACCGACUUUUCCUUAUUAAAUGGCGAUGAACUGCUAGCGAAGUAUGAUGCUAAAGGAGUCAGUACAAAUAUUUUAAGGAAUAAUCCUUCGUGUUUAUAUGGAGAAAAAAUCACGCUUUGAGCUCAUAAAACUUGUAGAGGCACAGAAAGAGCAACAGAAUCGUUAUGAAACAAGACUUAGAGAUGUUGUCCGUGCCUACAAGAAUCUAUUACAAGAAAAAGAAGCAUUAGAAGCUACUGUCAAGGUUUUAACAAGUGGUAACACCCAGCCUACAAAAAGCAGUCAGAGAAAUGAACCAUCCCAUAGCAGAGAUCAGAAGGAAGUUGUCAAAGAUGAAAUCAGUAGUGAUAAGGCUAGUAAGAGUGGUGGUCUAGCAAGUCCUUUGGAAGAAGAUGGUUUUAAGAAAGGAGAGGUGCUGGAUCAUCCCCUAGCAGUUAAGGAUGAUGAAGGAAAUGAUGAAAGUCAAUUACCAUCUGACAAGGAAGACAACUCGUCUGAACAUGGUGAGUUGGAAACCCUGCAAGAGAAGAUAGUAACUCUUACAACAUCACUUGCUACUGUUAUGGAGCAGAAAUCAAAGAUGGAAGCCAGCUACCAGGCAGAUAAAAAGAAAAUGAUGCAAGAACAUGAGGCCAAAGUUACAGAGUAUGCAGAAGAAACAGAAAAGCUGAAUAAGAAUGUGGAAACACUUGAAGAACAACUUCAAGAGCUCAAGCUGCGCAUGAGACAUGAACAGCAAGCUCGUGAAGAAGAGCAAAACAACCAUGUCCUCAUGCUGCGUGAACUUCAAAUGCUGUUGUCCACAGAACGCUCCACGAAGGAAGAUCUUGAACAACAGUUAGAAGAUGCCAAAGAACAGAUUGUACUAUCAAAAAAGUUACCUGGUAGCAAAACAGAGGAAUAUGAACGUCAGAUUGCCUUGCUGCAGCUCGAGUUACAAGGAGUUCAGAAGAGGUUGAAGGAAGCAGAGCAAGCUUCCACAAGACCUUCGCCCCUGCUGAUUCAGUUGCAAGAGGAAAUGUCCAAGAUGAAGAAAGAAAAUGCUGAGGCUGUCAUAAGGGAGCAGAAGAGAGCCAAUGAUGCUGAAGAAAGGUUGAGGAUUAUUACAAGUUUAGAAGAGUGUAGAGUAGCAGAUUUGGAGGUGAAACUCUCUGAGUUGUCAGAAGUUGUUGGCAAUUAUGAAAAACUCAGACUACAAGACCAGCAAGCUAUACAGAAACUGAAAGAUCGUUUGCAGAAACUAGAUUCAGAAAAUGCUACGUUAUCAAGACAGCUUAGUAUAGAUGAGAAUCAGAUGCCAGACAAUGAAAAGGAACUGAGAGAAAACGAAACACCAGAGGACUUGAAAAAGCAAGUUUUUAAGUUGAAAGGAUUACUCAAGAUUGCUCUUAAUUCUUCUGACACACCAGUGAAUUUAGAGGAGCUAAGCAAGUCAGAGUUAGAGUCCUUCUUUGCCAACGACCCGUCUCACAAGGUUUGUGAACAAGAGCUGCGCCAACUAAAAGAAGAGUUUGAACGGUAUAAAGUAAAAACACAAGCCCUACACAAGAACAAAUCUUUUAAAGAACUAAGUGAACAGUUGGAAAAUUUGGAAGCAUUAAAGAAACGUAACAGGGAUUUAGAACAACAAACUGAAGAGUUAAAAGAUCUGGGCCUUGAAAAGGAACGGGAUCAUAAAAAAGUGAUCUCCAACCUACGAGAUCAAGUCAAAUUGCUGGAAGAGAAACACAAACGUGAACAAGAAGAAACAAGUACUGUUUACAAACAAAGACUUGAGGAACUGGAAAGACAGGUUUUAAAUCAAAGGGAAAGAACUCUUGCGCUAGUGGCAGAAAAAGAUUCAGAGAUUGAGACGCUGAGAAGCCGUAGUCCUUCAAGUAGUCCUUCAGUAGAGAAUGUGGGUAAAACAAGGCAAGUGUUUUCUUACCCGAGAAAGUUUGUGGAGGUGAGCAGUGGGUCCCAGGUCACUUUGGACUCUCCCCAGUCUUCCGAUGCGGAUGUAGCUGUUCAUCAACUUUUAUCCAAGCCUUCUGGGGUUAGCAACAGUGAAAGCACAUUAGUACAUUACGCUCAACAACAAGCCAGAAGGGAUGCAGAAAGCGUUGCGAUACGACGUCAGAAGAACGAGUUGGAGGCGUCCCUGAGAGAUGCUGAACUAAGAGGUGAAAAGCUGAUUGAUCAAACCAACGUUCUUAAGGAAGAAAUCAGAAAACUGGAAAGAGAUAGAUCUCGCGAGAGUGCCAACCUGGAAUACCUUAAGAAUAUCGUGCUUAGGUUUAUGAUGAGCACCAGUUACUCUGUCAAACAGCAAAUGAUCACUGCCAUAGCAACCGUUUUGGAAUUCAGUCCCAAAGAGCUGAGUCAAGUGAGAAAAGUCCAGUCAGCUUCGUGGUGGCCCGGAACAUAAAGUGGCGGCCAACCUCAUCGGUAACCGCCCUGCUUGGGGAGGAAUUAAAAUUUCAAAAAUGAUCCUAGUAAUUUAGUCUCGCACCCAGACCUUCCACGGCUAAGCGGUAGGAUUUGGGUACGCGAUUACUAGUACGUAAUUUUCUUUAAAGAGUAUUUUAUUACAGGGGUGGGGAGGGGAACAAUUAUUUUUCAGGAAGUCAAAUAUAUAAUAUAUAUUCAUGUUUUCCAUUUGUACGUUAAACGAUAAUCAAUCGGUUACAAACAUACUCCCUUUGAGUGAAACUCUCCUAAGUUGUGAUAAAUCGAUUCGGAAUUCAUCGUCCUGCUCACUGGAAUUACUAGAUGCAUUAGUCAGCCCGAUUUACUGAGGUCUUUACUGUAUGGGAAACGGUUUCGUGUUGUCAUCUGCAAAGAACACAGAUGCGCCCAGGUGUUCCCAAGUUUUAACUCGCAUAUCGACCCGUUGAUUUCACGCGUUAGUUGUUGUCGUUGUCUUGUCAAGUUCUACCUUUACGGUGGACUGCGAGCAGUCGCCCCUUUUCGGCGAAGACUAUCGUGCGAGUGAAAAAGAAAAACUGAUUGAUGUCAGCAAAGCGCACUCCUAGAAA